AAGCACCAGAAACCAAACUAAACGAGUAAACGCACACACCUACUCAUCACUCGCCUACCUAUAACCUAUUCCCCAUUAAUUUUCUCACAACUCACAACCACAUACAGUAGCCAUUAUUAACCAAUCCAUAAUAUUCCCAUUUCCCACAUACACAAAAGACCAAGUCUAUUAGCCUCACCUCCCUCUACAAACAUGCCCAGCAACACCAGAAUCUUGGAAGCUCUGAAUGUCCGGGUAACCGGGUCGGGCGAGCAGUACCUGGUCCUGGCCCAUGGCUUCGGCACUGACCAGUCCGCCUGGGGUCGCAUUCUUCCUUUCUUCAAACCUAACUACCGCAUCGUUCUAUACGACCUCGUUUGCGCCGGAAGCGUCAACCCCGAUUACUUCGAUUUCAACCGCUAUACCAACCUGGACGCCUUCGUCGACGACUUGCUCAACAUUCUCGACGCUGUGGGAGUCAAAAAGUGCGCCUUCGUCGGCCACUCCGUCUCCGCCAUGAUCGGAAUCCUCGCCUCCAUUCGCCGCCCCGAGCUCUUCUCCAAGCUCAUCCUCAUCGGCGCUUCUCCAAGGUUUCUGAACGACAGGGACUACCACGGAGGGUUCGAGCAGGAGGAGAUUGAGAAAGUGUUCACGGCGAUGGAGGCGAAUUACUCGGCGUGGGUCAACGGCUUCGCGCCGCUCGCCGUUGGAGCUGACGUGCCUGCCGCGGUCCGAGAGUUCAGCCGGACCCUGUUCAACAUGCGCCCCGAUAUUUCGCUCUUCGUUUCGCGGGCCGUGUUCAACAGCGACUUGAGGGAGUUUUUGGGCUUUGUCCGGGUACCCUGUUUCAUAAUCCAGACGACAAAAGACCAUUCUGUCCCUGCCUCGGUGGCGAAUUACCUGAAAGAGCAUCUGGGUGGCCGGAACACCAUCGUUAUGCUCGAAACGGAGGGCCACUUGCCGCAUUUGAGCGCGCCGGGUCUGUUGGCCCGGAGGCUCCGCCAUGCUCUUUCAUCGUAAUAAUAGUACCCGACUCCGCAUGUGUGCCCGCCUUGGCCCACUUUCAACUAUGUGUGGGUCCCUAGAAGAGGAAAUUACAAUAAGGCUGGAGGUUGAUGACGCGUGGCUAGUAUCCUGUGGACGUUACUCCUUUUGGGCUUUCUUUCCACUUUGGAUUAUUUGACCUGCGGAAGGAUAAGAAUCUCCAUGUGAUUAUCACGUGGUGAUAUGUCCCUCUUUUGUCAAUUUGGGCCUCUUUUCUGUUUUUUCUUCUGUUUUCUUGUGCCUUACGAUUUUUUUUUUUCUUUUCUUUUUCUCUUUUGGGUUUGGAAUCUCGCUUUAAUCUAUAAUUCUACUUGCUUCUUAUAGUUA